AGUUGAGUCAGUCCGUUGGAGGCACUGAACGCGAUCAAACGUUCUCCCGUUUUGCUGAAAAAAAAAAAUAAAAUUUAUUAUUAAAAAAAAAGAAACAAAAUACGGCACACUGCUUUAGCUGAAUGAUAUCAAAAAGUAUUUUUAUUGCAACAGUGAGGUUGUAAGAAUAAAUAGUUGAUUGAAUGAAAGUGGGACAGAAGUGUCUGACAAAGUGUGUUGAGAAGCUCUUUGCGGGCAGCUAAAAGUUGAAGGCUGUGAUUUUUUUUUGAGUGUUGUUGAGAGCGAGAGUGUGGCGUAAGACGUCUUGUGAUAGUGAAAAGAGUUUUUAUUUUUUUUGGAAAAUUUCCUUCUCUUCGUGCAAAUUAGGCUGUGAAAAUUGAAUUUUAUAAUAUAAUUCCUAAAUAAUUCUUUAGCAUUCAUUAGCUAAAAGUUUUUUUUUUAUAUUCUGUUGAUUUAUUCGUUUUGAGGGAUUUUUUUUUAACUCGAGCCCUCUGAAAAAUGCAUAGAGCACGGAGUGCACUCAACUGUAUGUUGAUCCCAAGUGGUCAACAAACAUUUGCAUCGUGGCUUAAUAUCGGUGCUGCAAAGUCAAGGAUUGCCAGUGAAUUGCUGCCAGCUUCGUCGAUACGACACUACAAUUCAGCCGCAGCUGAACCCUUCCUCAAUGGCUCCAGCUCUAACUAUGUGGAGGACAUGUACAAUGCCUGGCUGAGAGAUCCGGCGUCAGUGCACGCGUCGUGGGAUGCGUACUUUAGAAAUAAUUCCUACACCGCCCCUCCGUCAUUGGCACCAGUUCCGAAAGGUCAUGUGGCCCUGUCGGAAAUUCGUGGUCUCCCAGCGAGCCUGGGAUCAGCCAUGUCGGCCGAUGAGAAGGUCAUUGAUGACCAUUUAGCCGUACAGGCAAUCAUCAGAAGUUACCAGUCACGUGGUCAUUUGAUGGCUGAUUUGGAUCCACUCGGAAUUUUGAAUUCUGAGUUAAAAGUUGGUCCCGAUGGAGUGAAACGACGUGCUAAUGAGCAAGUGACGAGAAAAUAUAUGAAUUUUGGCGAACAUGAUAUGGAGAGGGUGUUUAAACUUCCCAGUACGACGUUUAUUGGUGGCAAGGAAAAAUAUUUACCUCUGAGGGAAAUUCUCGAUCGCCUAGAGCAGGUGUAUUGCAACAAAAUCGGUGUUGAGUUUAUGUUUAUUAAUUCCCUGGAGCAAUGUAAUUGGAUUCGACAGAAAUUCGAAACACCAGACAUAAUGAAUUUCUCCAAUGAUGAGAAACGCUUAAUUUUGGCACGUUUGAGCCGUGCCGCCGGCUUUGAGGGCUUCCUGGCGAAGAAGUUUUCAUCUGAGAAGCGUUUUGGGCUCGAAGGGGCGGAAAUUAUGAUUCCAGCCAUGAAGCAGGUGAUUGAUGUGUCAACGCGACUUGGUGUUGAAUCAAUUAUCAUGGGUAUGCCACAUCGUGGACGUCUCAAUGUGCUGGCCAAUGUCUGCCGUAAGCCCCUGAAUCAGAUUCUCACACAAUUUGCCGGUCUCGAGGCUGCAGAUGAUGGAUCAGGUGAUGUAAAGUACCAUUUGGGGACGUACAUUGAGCGUCUCAAUCGUGUCACGAAUAAGAAUAUUCGUCUGGCUGUUGUGGCCAAUCCGUCGCAUUUGGAAUGCGUGAAUCCCGUCGUUCAGGGUAAGACACGUGCUGAGCAGUUCUAUCGUGGCGAUGGUGAAGGGAAAAAGGUCAUGUCGAUCCUCGUGCACGGCGAUGCAGCUUUCUGCGGGCAGGGUGUGGUGUUUGAGACGUUCCACUUGUCCGAUUUGCCCGACUACACGACUCACGGCACCAUUCACAUUGUGGUCAACAAUCAAAUUGGCUUCACGACAGAUCCACGACGAUCACGCUCAUCGCCGUACUGCACAGAUGUGGCACGUGUGGUGAAUGCUCCCAUCUUCCACGUGAAUGCCGAUGACCCCGAAGCCGUGAUGCACGUGUGCAAUGUUGCCGCUGAAUGGCGAGCAACGUACCACAAGGACGUUGUAAUUGAUCUCGUGUGCUACCGCCGCAAUGGGCACAAUGAGAUCGAUGAGCCGAUGUUCACGCAACCCCUCAUGUACCAGAAGAUUCGACAGCUGAAGCCCAUCCUGGAGAUCUACUCGGAUCGCCUCGUGAGUGAGGGUGUCGUGACGAAUGAGGAGGUGAAGGCCGUCAAGGAUAAGUAUGAGAAGAUUUGUGAGGAUGCGUUUGAAUUGGCAAAAACGGAGACACACAUCAAGUACAAGGAUUGGCUCGAUUCCCCAUGGUCGGGCUUCUUUGAGGGCAAAGACCCCCUCAAGGUGUGCCCAACGGGUGUACAUGAGGAGACGCUCGUCCACAUUGGCAAUCGCUUCUCGCAGCCACCGCCAAAUGCAGCCGAAUUCACCAUUCACAAGGGUCUCAUGCGUAUUUUGGCGGCACGCAAGGAGAUGGUGGACAAACGUACCGUCGAUUGGGCUCUAGGUGAAGCAAUGGCUUUUGGAUCUCUCCUCAAAGAGGGCAUCCACGUGCGUCUCUCGGGACAGGAUGUGGAGCGAGGAACGUUCUCACAUCGUCACCAUGUGCUGCACCAUCAGCGUGUUGACAAGGCCACAUACCGGCCACUGUGUCACUUGUAUCCGGAUCAGGGACCCUACACUGUGUGCAACAGUUCCCUGUCUGAGUUUGCCGUGCUUGGCUUUGAGCAUGGGUACUCAAUGACAAAUCCCAAUGCCCUUGUGAUGUGGGAGGGACAAUUUGGGGACUUUAUGAAUACAGCUCAGUGCAUCAUUGAUCAGUUUAUCUCGUGCGGACAGGCCAAAUGGGUGCGACAGAGUGGAAUGGUGAUGCUUCUGCCACACGGGAUGGAGGGUAUGGGUCCGGAGCACUCAUCGGCACGCCUCGAGCGUUUCCUGCAGAUGUCUUCGGAUGAUCCGGAUUACUUCCCGCCGGAAUCCGAUGAAUUUGCCAUUAGGCAGUUGCACGACAUUAAUUGGAUUGUGGCGAAUGUGUCAACGCCGGCAAAUUAUUUCCACAUUAUGCGUCGUCAGAUCCACAUGCCCUUCCGCAAGCCACUCAUUAUGAUGACCCCCAAGUCCCUGCUGAGACAUCCGGAGUGCAAGAGCUCCUUUGACAUGAUGACGGGCAAUACGGAAUUCCUGCGACUUAUCCCGGAAGAGGGUGCAGCUGCGGAGAAGCCGAAUAAAGUGAAGAAGCUCAUCUUCUGCAGUGGUCGUGUCUACUAUGACCUUGUUAAGGCACGACGUGAUAAUAAACUUGAAUCUGAUAUUGCAAUUGCUCGUGUAGAGCAGAUUUCUCCCUUCCCGUAUGAUUUGGUGAAGAAGGAAGCGGAAAAGUACAACAAUGCUGAGCUUGUGUGGACACAGGAGGAGGCUAAGAAUCAGGGAGCUUGGACCUACGUACAGCCACGUUUCCACACAGCUCUCACAGCAGCUCGUGAAGUCAGUAGUCAAGAAGUAGGAAAAGGAGAGAAUUCUUCAGAAUCAGCCGCUGCUGCCGGUGCUUCUGCUUCAUCAUCAUCUGCUACUACUGACCAAUCAAAUGAUGGUACAUGGUUGGGCCGUAUUUUUGGGCCGCAGAGUACGAAAAAGCAUGCGAAUAUUAAUACCGACUUUUCGCCGACUCAUACCGAUUUUAAUAGGCCGUCAGACGGAUAUGCGGCCAAAGUGAAAAAAUCAGUUAAAACGGCGAGACCCAUUAGCUACUGUGGUCGCCCAACUGCUGCCUCAACUGCAACAGGAUCAAAGGCACAGCACAACAAGGAGUUGGCUCAUUUCUUGGAGGAUGCGAUGGCGCUCUAAAUUCAGCAGCGAAGAGCAAAAGAUUGAUGUAAGAAAAUUUAUUUAUUUCAAUACAAAAUAUCCUGAUAUGAAAGAAAAAGAGAAUAAAAUGAAAAAAAGAGAAACCUGAUAAAUAGCUAAAGAAAAUGAAAUAUUAAAAAAAAUGUAUUUUUGUCAUAUAAAACAGAAUAAUGCGAUAAAUUCUCAAUGUAAUUUAUUUUGAUUAACAUGUAAAAAAAUAUAUAUUUUUCUUGUUUUAAUUUAAACAUUAAAGUUAUUAUUAAAACUCUUAAGAAAAAUAUAAAAAUUAUUUUUAGAUUUUGAUGAGAGAAGUUUCUGAGAUAAAAAAAAUAGAUCAAAAUAUAUUUUUGCUGAAUGCUUUGGCUGUUUUGUUCGCGAAGUUUAUAGUUGUUUUUGCAAGAAAAGAGAAUUUAAAUUGCUCGGAUGUUUUUUUUUUUAAGUUAAAAUGGGAAGUUUUUAAAUUAAUUUUCACAUUUUGAUGUGGACACAGUUCCAAAAAAAAAAAAACAAUUUUGAUAAAAGAACUUUUUAAUAUUAAAAUUGAAAAGUAAUUUUUGAAAAGUGUGUGGAAAAAAGGGCAGAAAAAUCCACAAAGUAGGGCCAUUGCAAGAGAGUUCGUUGUGAAAUGGUGCUAAAAGGAUGGCAAAAGGUAGUUGAUGUGUGGGGAUCUUGUGAAUCCGCAUGAAUACAAAGAAAAAAAUAAAGAGAAAUGUCAGUAUUGAAUUAAAAAAAAAAAACUUCGCACCUUGUUAACCAAAUGAACAUGAGAAUAAAAAAAAGAAGAAAUACAAAAAGAUGGAUAAAAUAAUUGCUUUUAAGUCACUUAACAGCCAUAUUGUAGAAUAUUCAUCAGAAUAAAACGUAAAAAAAAGUAAAAGUGAAGUUAAUUCACAGAAGAAUGUUGUCUGCAAAGUGCUUAAAAGCGUGAUAUUACUAAAGAAGAAAUAAAAACAAAGUAAACGAUCCUUUAAAUGUUUUUUGUGUAGAAAAAUUUGCACCUUCUUCAGCUCUUUCGAAAAAAAAAUAAAAAAGAAUAAACUUAAAAAAAAAUGUUGGAGAGAUGAAGAAUUUCUAAAAUGACGCGCACCAACUUUUCUUGUAAAGAUUUUGAAUGUAUUUUUGGGAAUAUUAAAUGACUCUAAAAAAAAAGAAUCUAGAACAUACAAGGAGAAAAAAAAUGAAAUGUUAAAAGAAACCUACUCAAUCGGAUUUAUUAGUGUUAUAUACAAUUGAUUUUUAGUGAGAAAUUCAUCAUUAUUUAUUUCUAAUUAAAUAUAUUCUCAAAUUAAGCCACAAAAUAAAGAACAUCAACAUCAAACCUAAA